AUGGCGAUCGACCGUAUUGUGCAGUUCGUCCUGCGGGGAGCUCAGCUAGUGUUCGCUGCCAUUGUAGCCGGUAUCACCGGCGCCUACCUCCACGCGACCCAAAACACCUCGUCGUGGGACAAUGGCCGGUACAUCUACACCAUCGUGGUGGCCAGCUUGUCGCUUCUCUUCGCCUUGAUAUGGCUCCUCCCCUUCUCGGGAAGCUUCAUCCACUGGCCCAUGGACAUCUUCCUCAGCAUCCUCUGGUUCGUCGCCUUUGGUUUGCUCGUCAACCUUAUCGGUGAUGGUUGCGGUCCCAUCUUUGACUGGAGCAACGUCAGCCCCCGCGGUGACGCCUGCGGUCGCAACAAGGCCAACAUUGCUUUCUGCUUCUUGUCCGCCAUCGUCUGGCUCGCCUCUGCCCUCGUCGGCCUUUUCUGGGUCCGUCGCCGCACCGCGGUUGCCGACAGCCGCCCCGCCCACACCGGCCGCCGUCGCUGGUACCGCUCUUCGCGCGUCUAA